AUGGAAAAACUCGCCUUUGCGUUAGUUACGGCAACCUGCAAGCUCAAACCGUACUUUCAAGCCCAUACGGUGAACGUUCUGACCGACAAGCCGUUACGACGGGCAAUGAGCAAUCCCGAGGCUGCGGGUCGAUUGGCGUUGUGGGCUAUAGAACUAAGCGAGUUUGAUAUUCAGUACCGCCCGCGAACCGCCAUCAAGGGACAGGUCGUCGCAGACUUCAUAGCUGAAUUCACCCAUGACGAAGUCAAGGGGGCAGAAGAGUCCCCUCAUUGGAGCAUAUAUACGGACGGGUCGUCCAACAAACAAGCUGGAGGGGUCGGCAUUGUGCUACUAUCGCCCGAAGGAGAUGUCAUUGAAUGUAUGGUCCGUCUCGACUUCCCCGCUACCAACAAUGAAUCGGAGUAUGAAGUGCUGAUAGCAGGGCUCGACCUCGCCAAAGCAGCAGGAGCCGCAAGGGUUGUCAUCUACUGCGACUCUCAGGUCAUCACUAACCAAAUAAAUGGAGACUACGAGUGCAAGGGCGAAAGGAUGAAGAAAUACCUUGAUAAAGUCAGGGCGAGAGCGGAUGACCUGGAAGCUAAAGUUGUCCAAAUUCCUAGAGGAGAAAACGAGCGAGCCGACCGCCUCGCAAAGGCCGCUUCAGCAGAACAAAUGGUCAUCUCGGGUAAUGUGCUCUCUUUCGUUCAGCUUUCUCCGCUAAUAGAUCCUAGCAACGUGUAG